CGAAUAUUGUAUCUGCCAGCCGCCUCAAGCAAGAACCCGAUAAGCGAAGACAAACCAACUCGGCAAGAAUAAUAUAGUCCUCAGAAGUCCGAAAAAGAAAAUCAUGAACAGCAAUCUCCACUCUCUCACGGAGUAUCUAUUCCCUGAACGAUUGAGGAGCAUGGAUCCAUUAUAAAAAUUUUAACCUUAUCAAAUCGUAUCAUCAUUGUAGGUGUCACCACUCACCAGCUCGAUGACUUCGAAGACCGAACCAUGUAGCCCUAGGCACGACUAGUAGUAUCAAUUUCACCUGAGCGUAGUGUGCAGGGAGUGCAGGAUGAUCUUGUCCCAUGGAAGUCUCGUUUCACCUCCGCAAGUCACGGAACGGUCUCAACUCAAAAUACGUCGAAGUGGCAGCCCGGCAAUGGAUGCAUGGGUGUGCUGGACUGGCUAGUUAGGUCCAUCAAUUCAUUUUUCAUGAAUAGAAAGAAACCAAACUGACGGGACAGCUUCCCAAUUUUUUUUAAUUUUCACCUCAACCCUCGUACGGCCUCGGUUUUGUGGGACAAGUUUCGAACGAAGCUUCGCUGUUUUGUUUCUCUCUCUUUGAGUUGGAUUGAUAUUUUUUAAUGUCAACCACUGGGAAGAGAGCAUGUUUAUUCUGAAUUGGCGAAACCCGUUUCACAGGAAAAGUUACUGGUAGUCUGGGAAUGACCGUAAGUAAACUCCCAGACUGACCAAAUUGGGUAAUCCCGUAUACAGUUCCGGCGCCAGGGGAAAAUAACGAAACUGUCUGACCAGGAUAAAGAGCCGUCGUUUCGCCAGCUCUUUACGCAGUCAAUAACCACCACAUCUAAUGAUUUUGAGGGGGGGUGAUGACUCUGAUGAGGAUGACGACAGGAAACAGAAGGGUGGCCAACAGAUCAACACAUUGUAGGGUUAUUCCAGGGCUUCCCAUGAGCCAGGUGAUUAAAUAUGUAUGAUAUAUAUCGUCAUUCCUAGGCCAUGUGGGAACGAGGGGGAGUUGAAGUGAGGAACAAUUGGGUGAAUGUUGAAUCCAUGGAGUGAUCAUCUGCAUCGUGAACCUUCUUAGUGGUUGGCCGCGUGAAUGUGGGUGAUUUGUGCCACAUGAAGGGAAGAAUUCCGUCAAAUAAUGAUGGGUACCUCGCGGUACAUCAGCGGCGUUCAACUGCCAGCCGAAGAACUCUUAAUCUCGCCAGCCACCAACCACACGCGCAGGCCCGAGGGCAGACAAGACAGGCCAAGCAAGCCCCGCCAGCUUGCUGUUUCCUUCCCAAGAUAGGCUUAACCAGCCUACGAGGGCCCCUCCGAGAAUGGCUCCGAAGAUAGCAAAGUCCGCGCCGUAACACUGCGCUGGGUGAGGGGGGCCGAGUGCCAGUCGUUAAAUAACAGCCUGUACACAGUAGUAAGCAUGGGCUGGGAACAGAUUUGAGGAAGCAGGGAUUCCGAGGGGCAAACCGGGGCAGGCAGACUAACUGGGAGCGUGCAGCAGCUAGUGUGAAGGGGGCGGUCCUCUGGCGCUAUCAUGCCCGUAUGCAGUCUGUUGCAUCCACUACAAAUCCCUCGUCUGGCAGUCCGGUCCCAUGCACGGUGCAGGCUUGCCCUUGGCUGACUGCCCCUCCCCAAUCAGAGGCGGCGGCGAGGUGAAUUAUGUACGUAGUAUGGAGAAAUACACAGUAAGAAAUAUCAGCUCUUGACCAGCCCAUCAUCCCUUUCAGUGUUUUCCGCUCUGGGUAGUUUCCUCCUCCCUGUGGUUCCUAUCCCGCACACCCACCUCUUUAUUUUUCCCUCCUCGUCCUCUUCCUCUCGUCUUCCUCCUUUCUCCCUUCUCUUCUCUUCUGCUCUUUUGUUUUCCCUUUACCCUGUCUCUUUUUGAACAGCGGACAACUCGGUUGGAGGAAUCGUGCUAGGACCAACACUUAUCCCUCUCCCUCUCCCUCUCUCCCUCUCCCUCUCUCCCUCUUCCCUUCUGUUGACUGGCCAAUUGAGUCGACGAACCUCAUCGGUCUUUUCUCUCUCCCGCUUCCCCCAAAGCCCAGCAGCAUCGUGUUGGGAUUAUUUGUAUUGUAUUGUGGAUUUUCAUUCUUCUCUUGUCGGAGACGGGUAUCUGUUUUCCACAGUCCGUCUCUAGUUUCUGCCUUCUUUUUUGCCUUUUUUUCCCUUGGGGCUGUCCCGGUGACCAAACCCAAAACCCCCCCGCCCAGUUCUCUCCGUGCACAUGAACCCAAAAGACGUGAUCCUUUGACCACUUCGCCACGGGCUUCGUAAUAUUCCUGUGCAGUCAAUUUGAUUUUCCUUAAGAGAAUCCUCGUUCUUGACUCUUUCUUGACUCGUUCCUUUUAAGCCCUUGCCCCGAGUGUCUUGUUGGAAAGUGCGGGCAUUUUGAGUCACUCAAGCUUCAAAGUCACUGUUGUGGUGUGCGCGUCCAUUUUGAGCCUCCUGUUGUCAUCAAAACAAUCUCCGGUGUUGGUGGCAGCCUUCUCCCUCCUUUCCGUCUCGCAACCGCAACAUCCGCAUCUUCCUCAGCCCACCCUCCCACCACGACGCCCUAUAUCUUCUUGGAUGCGCUCAAAAUGUCCUCUCAUCCAUAUAUAGUCUCGUUCUGUCAGUGAACAAGUCCCGCUUUCUCCUUUAGACUGGACCCAGAACUCCUUGGGCAGCGACCUCGUCAUUAUGGAGAAACUCAACACUGAAGAUGGCCAGCUCUUCAUCAAAAACCUGGCCAGCUUCGUCCGUACUCAUGAGAAGGCCCUCGCCAACGCUUUGCAGAUGAAGCGUCAACCCUCCAAAGCAUCAGACUCUUCCACCCGUUCCGCUACUUCCUCUACACUAGCUGCUGCGUUAUCCUUGGGGACACUGAGUUUCACAUCCCACAACAUUAAACCUGCAAAACUCACCCUGACUAGCCAUCAUCUUUUCUACCUUUUAUCCCGGUUUGAGGACAUAUCCAUUCCCGUGGGGCCCAUGAACAUCCGCUUGGAAAACAUCAAUACAGAGGCUUCGUCUGCAUAUGUGUCUUUCUUAAGCAAACCACGUCGCUCCAAGGGAGACAGAGACUCGAUCCAUUCUGUAUCCAGUGUGCGUAGUGUCAUGUCCGGUAUGAGCUCGCUCUGGUCCUCAUUUGGCCUAGGAUCCAAAGACUCUGUCUCCAAAUCGGAAAAAGCCAAACUAGCCAUUGAAAAUGACCUAAAAUAUUUGUAUUCGGCCUUUACUAAAAUCCCCUGUUUGAGACUUGCCCCGGAUCACAGAGCUCGCCUUAUUCGUGGAUACGAGGAAUUCCCCUUUGACACAGCUGUCCCACUCCAUUCGUUUAAAAACCUCAGCGCCCUGGAGAUUAUCGAUGUAGAUUUCCGUUCCUUUUAUGGCUGGGAUCGUCUAGCUGAACAGUUAAGAUCCCUUACUCUUAAACGUGCCAGUAUUGAUGACCCUACGGACCUCUUGACCGGGAUCGUUCUGGAUGACCUUGACAAACGGAGACGGAGAUCCUCCAAAUAUCAAUCAUCUCCAGUUCUCGGGGCUUCUUCCAACCCCCAGACAUUCAAUAAACCAGACCUGGCGAAAUCCAUGUCGGCACCUGGUUCUCCAGUAGCUGAGCCCAGUUUAAGCACAAGUUCCAGCCCAAAAGGCAGCGCCUCCAUGGUCAGGGGUUUCUCUGAGGGUGGGAGAAGACAUGCUCGAACAGAAAGCAUUUCACCCACACGCCCCACUAGUUCAAGACACCAGUCUCAUCGCAGAGGAACGUCUUCCAAAAUACGCAGAUCUGGGUCUGGGAGUUCCAAUUCUAGCGAGGCUUCCUCCCACCAGAGGAAUGGAAGCAUGUCGAAUUUAUUGGCUGCUGGCAUCCUUCCUCCAUCCAAAUGGCGGUUCCUGCGCCACCUCAGCUUGACAGACAACUCGAUGACUAGUGUCAGUGUCUCCAGUCUUGCUCCUGUUGCCAAUACUCUCCAUUCAUUGGAUUUGUCCUGGAACCUUUUCACCGAAGUCCCCGACAGCCUUGCAUCCUUGACAGCUUUGAGAUCUUUAAACCUAUCUCACUGCAUGAUAGACUCUCUCCAUUCUCUUUCUAGGAACCCGUUGCCUGCCAUCACUGCGCUUAAUCUUCGAGGAAACCGUCUCCGAUCACUCGCAGGAAUCGAACGGUUAUUGUCUUUAGAGCGCCUUGAUUUACGAGACAAUGAACUAAGUGAUCCCACCGAAAUCGCCCGGCUCACUGGUAUCCCAUACCUACGCGAAAUUUGGGUGUCUGGGAAUCCUUUCACCAAAACAUUUUCGGGAUACAGGGUUUCCAUAUUCAACCUAUUCAGACAAACUCCAGGAUUCUCUGAGGAUAUUACUAUUGAUACUACGGGCCCCGGAUAUUCGGAAAAGAAACAACUUGUGACUCGUGUCGCAGAACCGGAAGGGGCUCCUGUUAUUCGACGUCCAGAACCUGGUAACGAACUUGCGGAUAAAACCCAAGAUAUUUCAGUUGCCUCGUCAGUCGCUGCAAUUCGUGCAGAUACAUCAGCAUCUGCCGCUCCUGUUCAAGCAGAAUAUGCGAUAGGCUCUAGUAGGCGGAAAAAAGUCCACAGACGAAAAAUUGUCGAGCUCUCCAACGAUGAUCCUUCUUUUAACAUGGUGACUGGCGGCGUGGAAACCGUCGGUUCUGUUUUCCAGCAACCUAUCCUCGAACACCCAGCUACGAACCCCGCAGCUACAGCAGAGCAAUCUCCAAGCUCAAAUAGGAUAUACAGCAGAAUCUCUGACCCCAAGCCGCUUCAGAAGACCACUAUUGCUACUAUCCCACCCCCAAAAGAAUCGCAAAGCAGUCCUGCCUUCGAAUCCGCCAAGAAUCCCCACUUACUUCCUGCUGUCCAAAAUCUCGACUGGAGCGCCAACGGGGACUCCUAUCGUCAACGACUCGAAGCGUUGAAGCAAGAAGUUGGAACAAACUGGCUGACAGUGCUUGGCGAUGAAUCCUGGGACACUUCACAAAAGAAUAUCAAUUCUCAUACAGGGGGGGGAACAGAAUACGAUCCAGUUGGGUCACUUCGACCCGCGCUCAUUGCUAGAACUAGUAGCCAAGCCAUCGCCACUGGAGGUCGAAUGUUGGGCUAAAUAUCGGACGAAUCGAUAUUUUUCUUCACGUUGGAUGUCUUCUUUCCACUCCUCUCUCCUACAUUACCUCCCUUCGCCCCCCGAGACCCCCCGAGAACGCCGAUCUAAAAUCCAAAAUCGAAACCACAUAUGUGAUCUUGUUGCACGAAAUACGAUAUAAGAUUUGAGAGGUAUAGACUCUAUUUUCCAAAUCGCGAGGAAAUAAAUUGCGAAAACCCGGCGGGCAGAUAUCUUGUCAUCCCCCUUCUACACACAAAAAAGUUGAGAAACCAAAAAGUGAGAGAAAGAGAGAAAAGUGUUUUGAGGAGCGAUUUUUCCAUUUUCACAGAAACCCAUCAUGAUCGUUUUCAACUCUUUAAAUUUUCCCUUUUCUUCUCCCUUUCUUUCUUCUGCGAGGCAGCCUUGUGCUUUUCCCCUAAUGGGAUAUAUGUCUGCAUGUUCGUUUCUUUUUGCAUGAAAUAUACCACUGUUGUUUCCAGCCUGUAUGAUAAUUUUUUUGGGCUUUAGUUCUUUUAUUUGCAUGUGUAUGGCGCUAACUGAUUUUGGGUGGCUUCCUGUCUCCGCUUUUGUCACUGUUGUUGUUUACCUAUCCCUGUGAGUUCAGGCCUCGUCCAGGGAGGUAUAUGAGUGAGAGGAUCAUCCCUCCCUUUUGCUCAUAUUGUUAGACCGCUUUUGUACUCUACUUUUACGGACUGGAGAGGCGGCUUGUUUUUACCUUUUCAUGGUUAUUUGUUUUUGCGUCUUUUUUCCCCUAAAUUUUCGAGCACUCCGGCGUUUCACAUAGCGAGUAUUUCUAUUCUUUGUGCUAUUUUCCCUUCUUCUUUUUCGUACCGAUUUUUUGGUUGGGUCUUUGGUGCUGCGAACAGAAAACGCUAAUAGCGUUGUAUAAUGUUUUUCUUGAUUUCCCAAUCAAUGUGUGUCGGGCGGGAGGUUUUGCGUUAACAGACUUUGGUUAACAACAUUAAAAUAUGCUAUUUUCUUUCUCUUCUCUAAAUGCAACUUUCUCAGAUCAUGCUCUAUUUUAUUAAUAUACUCGCGCUGUGAUGCUUUUUUCUUUCUCACUGCUCUCCUCCGGUCAUUAUAGUAAGCGUAUAGAGGUGUAGUAUAUCGAGGCCUUGUGUAAGGGGGUAGGCAAAGAGGACCACCCACUUGCACUAACUCUAUCCUUAUUACCGUUUAAAAACACUAUCCGGAACUCGAUGUCAUAUGGGAUAUCCAACUAAGGGAUGCACCUACAUCAGCCAGGCAGAGCUCAGAGGCAGACCUUCCCAAGCGUGCGGGCAAGGCAAUUUCGAAGGCCGGGGUGCUGCCUUUUUUGCUUAUAUAUAGUUAUAUAUUUUGUGUAUAUAUUCUUUUGCGUUGAUGCAUCCGUGCGAAAUACCCAUAUGAGGCCCCAUUGGUGGUGAAUAUUAGCUAUAUAGCUCGUUACCCUCUUGAUAGGCCGGGCACGUAUGGAAAGGGAGAUGGAGGUUU